GCUCGAGCACGAAUUUCAUCAUACUAGGCGGCUAGGCGGAUAGGCGGAAAUGUAAGCGGCAACCACGGGCUGUGCACGUUCUAAGAGUUACCACACAGGAUGAUUCUGUGCGCCUAGUCCAGAAUUCGCGCCGCUCAGUCUAGGUCGCGCCGCGCAGUCUACGAAGCGCAACAAGGCUAUGCGCCCACAGCGCUACCCGCAUGUGCUGCUAAACUUACUCUAAGGAGCCACGCGCACCGUUGGAUGAUGCUGUCUGAUUUCAAGGAGUCAUCCGCGGCGUUCAAUGAUGCUGCUUGAAUCCAGGGUUUCAUCCGCGCCGUUGGAUGGUGCUGAUUGAAUCCUAGGUUUCAUCCGCACCGUUGGAUGGGUCGCGCGUUUCCGAGCGGUCGCGGGGCGAAGGGGGGAGGCGGAAGGGGAGCCUCGGCUGACUCGGCUGGAAGGGGGGGUGGAGGAGCAUACGCGAUAGAGGAGAUUCGUUAUGCUGCUUUCACGGCUGAUGGCAGCCACGUGGCAGUGGCCACGUCAGCAGGCUUCAAGAUAUUCCACUGUGCUGACGUGGCGCAGCCCGUCGUGAGCCACCUGGGCGUGGGCCCGAUUAAGAUCGUGGAGCUCACGCUUAUCGCGCCACGUGGCGCAACACCAUUGGUCGCGUUUGUUGGCACUGGAGAAACGCCCCACAUCUCCCCACGCGAGCUGCACCUCGCUUCCAUCACUGGGCCCGCCGUUUCCUCGUCCACUCCCACCUUCUCCCCCUCCUCCCCCUCCUCCUCUGCCGGCUCUCCUCUCACUCACCACACCGACCCCCUCACGCACACACAUGCCCCGCCGUCUUCCUCCUCUCUCGCUCCUCUCGGUGUGCUCUCCUUCCUCACCUCCAUUGUUGCUGUGCGCCUCAACCACUCCAGGCUGCUAGUCCUCCUCGGCUCCAAGCUCUCCAUACAUGACGUCACUCCUCCGGGCAUUGCUGCCGGCUUCCCUCUCCUCCUCUCCCUCACUGUCGCCCCUAAUCCAAAAGGUAUAUGUGCUCUGAGCCCUCUCUCCCCUCGCCCCUUCUCCCCUGCCUCCUCCUGCUUCUGCGCUGUCCCUGCUGCCCCCGCCCGCACGCCACUCCUAUCCCUGCCCCUAUCCCUCGCCUCGCUUGCUUCUUCCUCCUCCUCCUCCUCUGCCUCACCUGACCAAGGCGCGCUGUUGCUGGUGGAUCUGAUCUCCCUCCAGGCGUUUGGUCAGAUCAAGGCUCACGACGGGCCGAUCGCAGCCGUUGAAAUCACCACCCUGCUUCCACCACUCCAGUCCCCUCCGCGGCCAAAUGAGGCGAACCCACAGGGGGAGAGGGGAGGAGAGGAAGGAACGGAAGGAGAAAGGGGAGGAGAAGCGGGGAGUGAAGGGGAAGGGGAAGGGGAAGGGGAAGGGGGAGGGGGAGGGGGCGGAGGGACAGAACUGCUGGCGUCAGCAUCUGCUAAGGGCACCAUCAUUCGCGUUCACUGCGUCCGGACAGGCAAUAAGCUAUUCUCUUUCAGGCGAGGUGCCUACCCUGCCUCGAUCUUCUCCCUCUCCUUCUCCCCUCCUGGCUCCCUCCCUCCCUCCCUCGCUGUCACCAGUAGCACCGGCACCACUCAUAUCUUCCGCCUCCCCCUCCCCUCCUCCUCCCCCUCCUCCCCCUCCUCCUCCUUCUCCCCCUCCGCGCCCUCCUCUGUCUCCCUCUCCCCCUCCUCCCCCCCUUCCUCCUCCUACUCCUGUUCUCUCUCCUCCACCUCCUCCUCCUCCUCUCCUUCCUCUUCUUCUGGCGUUGCUGGAGGUUGUGCUGGCAGGAGGAACAGUGAUGUGACUGUGCACGGCGUGACUGCAGCAGGGGAAGAAAGCAUCUGUGCCAUUGCUUUCCCUUUGGUCACACACAACAAUCACCAGCAGCAACAGCAGCACCAGCAGCACCACCCCCAGCAGCAGCAGCAACUUCCACAGCAUUGGCAGCAGCAGCAGCUGCCAGCACAUUUAAAUGCACCUCAAUCAAACGAGCUUUGUCUGAGGAUUCUAACAUCAACAGGUGCGUUAACAGUAUACCACAUUGUAACCAGCCAUCAACCAGGGAAGUUACAAGUUACGUUGAAAAAGAAAGCAUCGUUGUAUGAGCAGAAUUUUAAGUAGAUGGAUGAUGGCCUGCUUCCGAUGAAGCUUGAAAUGAGGGUUCUCUUUUGGAAAAAAACGUGUCUGAGGAAUCAGACAAGGUUUGAGCACUUUGUCUGAUGCACUUUUCACUAUCAGAGAAGCAUGAAAAAGUUGUCUGAUUUUCCAGAGAAUUCUAGAACGAAUGUUUGAAAAUUCAGAGAAAUGUAUUUGCAUAGUCUGUUUGUAUGAGAUGUAGCACUUUGACUAAUUAGAG